UAUCAGUCUGAUUUGUCAAGUGUGUCGUGACGUAGGCAGACGUCAUCAUCGGGAGGUACAAAUAGCGCUGGAAAACUUGGACAUCUCAGUCGUGAUCAAGAUUUCGUCACAGGUAUUAAUAUUCUGAUCAAUGGCGACACUACAGCAGCAACGGGUGAUGGUGGUGAUGAUGGCCAUGAUGGUGGGCGCCAGUAUGGCCAUUCCCUCCCAUGUGGCCAACAGAAUGAUACCCAGCUGGUGGAUCAACGCUAGGACCAAGGGGACAUGCUCAUCGUGGUCAGACUGUGGCCCGCAGGAGUGUUGUGUGCGGCCCAUGUUGGCCACCAACAACUACUGCCUCCCCUACAACACCCUCGGCCAGACCUGUGUGGCCUCUGCCCUCAUGGUGGACGUCGAGAGAGAGAUUUACCUCGACAACUGCCCCUGUGUCAGCCACCUCACCUGCGCCAACCUUCACUCUCACAGUGUGUGUAUCGAUCCAGACUCCUUCGACCGCCUCUUGCUUAGACCUUCUCCUCAACCUAUUCAGCUGUAAGUCGACCUAUUCCUUCUGUUAAAAUUGAAAGUCGACUUUUUAUAAGAUUUAAGUUGUAAGUCGACCGUCUCUAUCUGGUUAGGUUGUAAGUCGACCUUCUCUAUCUGGUUAGGUUGUAAGUCGACCUUCUCAGUCUGUUAAGUUGUGAGUCGACCGUCUCUAUCUGGUUAAGUUGUAAGUCGACCGUCUCUAUCUGGUUAGGUUGUAAGUCGACCUUCUCAAUCUGUUGUAUCUUCUCAAACUGUAAAGUUGCAAGUCACCCUCAACCUGCUACUGACACAGGCCACGUCGAUACCUGCCUCAGUGACCCAGCUGGACCUUCUCACAUCACCACCAUUUAGAGGCAAAUUAAACUAUGAACCUUUGAGAGAACUGAAGGUAAACAUCCUUAAACAGGUGUAAUGUGUCAUAGAGGAGUUCCCCCUACCACUGUUCGCUCAGAGAGGUUCUUACAAAAUUUAUAUCCUGUCUUGUCCUGUCCCACCCAGAUGGACAGGUUCAUGCAAUAAUCAAUUAUUUCCUGUCUACUGUAACAAAAUAAAAGCAGUUAAGAA